CAUAACCCCGCUUCAACGUGGUGUGAAGACGCUGGGUUUCUCCCGCGCGGCACACCGCAACGCAAAUCUUUCAACCUUGUUUAGUCGAGACUUUGAGUUCUUCAAUUGCCAGGAUAAGCAUAUAAUGACGGGUCCUACAUCUCCAGAGGGCAGUGCCCCCCAGCCGACCGCUAAGCCUGUGGCACCACUUACAGGAACCGUGACGCCGCCUCUGGCACUCCCUAACCUCGGGGUUAUCGAGGCCGACGACUUUCAAGUGGACAAUACCGACUCUUUUCUCGGCGAUGACGCUGCCAGUUCAACGGCCUCAAUCGGUAGCAGUAUUCUACGCUACCGUGAAGAAAACGGGCGCACUUAUCACGCAUACAAAGACGGGCAGUACUUGCUGCCAAAUGAUACCCGCGAGCAAGACCGUCUAGAUCUACAGCACCAUCUUUUCCUACUUACAUUCGACAAUAAAAUGCACCUUUCGCCCGCCGGGAGUGACGGGAAGAAACUACGCAAUGUACUAGAUGUCGGCACCGGAACUGGCGCGUGGGCUCUCGACUUCGCCGAUGAACAUCCCGAGACGCAGGUGAUUGGCGUUGAUCUGAGCCCUAUUCAGGGCGACUUCGCCCCGCCCAACUUGAACUUCCAAGUGGAUGAUCUGGAGGAACCGUGGACCUUCCACGUCAAAUUCGACUUUAUCUACAGCCGAAUGAUGACUGCAGGGCUUGCCGAUUGGCCUCGGUUCUUCGAGCAGGCGUUCGAAAACUUGACGCCUGGCGGGUGGCUUGAGCUGGCCGACAUCUGUCCCAUCACCUGCGAUGAUGGAACCAUGAAGCCAGACGCUGCUGUGUGUAGGUGGGUCAAUACACUCUUAGAUGGGACCAAAAUCGUCAACCGACCCUUUGAUGGCGCCUAUCAAUACAAAGAGCAGAUGGAAGCUGCAGGUUUCACAAAUUUGACCCAAGUUGUCUACAAAUGGCCACAGAACAGGUGGCCCAAGGAUCAAAGGCUCAAGGAACUCGGUGCGUGGACUCUCGAAAAUAUUUCUUCGGGUCUUGAAGGACUGAGCGCGGCGGUAUAUACGCGAGUUUUGGGCUGGAGCAAGGAAGAGAUGGAUGUUCUCCUUGCUGAAGUCCGGAAUGACUUGAAAAAUCCCGCUAUCCAUUCGUAUUGGCCAAUUGUGGUUGUAUACGGACAGAAGCCAGAGUAAGCAUUACUUCUUUGCCUUCGUUGUUCUUCUCUUCUCGAGAUUUUUAUAUUUAGACAAACGGACAAAUAUGCAGUUGUGUAGCGGAUCUAUACGUCAUGAACUCCGCAUUUUUUUCAGAUCGCC